CCAGGCGCCGAAGUUAAAAAAAAGAUAGGCUUCCUCCUCCUUCACCGCCUCCGCCUCGGAGCUCCGGCAGCCCCUGGGCUGCGACCGCAGGAAGGAAGGAGCCCCUCGCCCGCCCCGACGCCCGGCCUGUCUCCCCAUGACUGCACCCGGCCCCGCUACCGACGGACGUCGCCCCAGCGCCCGGGUUUAACACGGUCGGGGGCCGCGGGGGGAGGAAGAGGGAAAUCCGGCAAGUCCCGCGUCCCUCUCGGCCCGGCGCGGUGCCUCGGCCGGAGCCAUGACCUCGCUGACCCUGCGCAGCUCGGGGCUGAUGCAGCGGCGCACCGAGGCCUCCCGCAACGCCGCCGACAAGCAGGACGAAGAUGACAAGGGUGACUCAAAGGAAACGCGGCUGACCCUGAUGGAGGAGGUGCUCCUUCUGGGCCUCAAGGACCGAGAGGGUUACACAUCUUUUUGGAAUGACUGUAUAUCAUCUGGAUUACGUGGCUGUAUGUUAAUUGAAUUAGCGUUGAGAGGAAGGUUACAGCUAGAGGCUUGUGGAAUGAGACGUAAAAGUCUGUUAACAAGAAAGUCGAUUUGUAAGUCAGAUGCUCCAACAGGGGAUGUUCUUCUUGAUGAAGCUCUAAAGCACGUUAAGGAGACUCAGCCUCCAGAAACGGUCCAGAACUGGAUUGAAUUACUUAGUGGUGAGACGUGGAAUCCGUUAAAAUUGCAUUAUCAGUUAAGAAACGUGCGGGAACGAUUAGCUAAAAACCUGGUAGAAAAGGGCGUGUUGACAACCGAGAAACAGAACUUCCUUCUUUUUGACAUGACGACACAUCCCCUCACCAACAACAACAUAAAGCAGCGCCUCAUCAAGAAGGUGCAGGAAGCCGUUCUCGACAAAUGGGUGAACGACCCUCACCGCAUGGACAAGCGCCUGCUGGCCCUCAUCUACCUGGCCCACGCCUCGGACGUCCUGGAGAACGCGUUCGCGCCCUUCCUGGACGAGCAGUACGAUCUAGCCACCAAGCGGGUGCGGCAGCUCCUGGACUUAGACCCUGAGGUGGAGUGUCUGAAGGCCAGCACCAACGAGGUGCUGUGGGCGGUGGUGGCCGCCUUCACCAAGUGACCCUGCGCAGAACCGAGCGUCCUCCUUUCUCUCGCGGGAACCAGUCGUUUUUCUUCCAGGGACUCCUGGUUUUCUGCAGUUUGUACUUCCCACAAUAUAAUUGGCUUUUGUUCUAUGAAAUGGCUUUUUCUUUUGUGUAUGUAUGCAGGAUUCUGCUGGUACGAGAGGCCUUCCUCUUUCUGUUGUGAAAAAAGUUUCACCGCCAUUCUGGCAUUCCAUUGCUCGUUGCCAUCCUCACUGUUGCCCGUUUGGGUUCUGGUGUGCCUUGACCGUCAGAGUACCUCCAGGUUCCUCACGCACAUCUUUUGGAUUACCUCAGGUUGAGUUUCUCCCACAUGUGCAUGUACAUCUCGCAUUCUGCCUGCAAUUCAGACAGAAGUCACAAAAAGGCCUUUAACUCACCAAAGGUAAAUAUCUAUCUAUUAGGACAUUUUAUACAUAGACCUCAGUUGAGAUGUAUACUUAGCAAAAUUAUUUUUAAAUUGAAAUACACAGUAAAUAAUAUAAAGUGCCCCUUGGAUCUUGCUUUCCAUGUAAAUCUAUUGUAUUAUUACACUUGUCAUAAUUUUAACUAUUAAAUCAUAAAGGUCCAAUUGUUUCACACAGCCAGUUUGGGAUGAGCUGCAUUCCAGUUAUGCUGUAUAUAGUUUGAAUUAUAUAGAAGUUGUUCCUUCUUCUGGCCACCACUGCCCAUCUUAGUAUUUUGCAGGGUUUAAUUAGUUGUACACCUGGUGCCCCUUACUUGCUACAGUCAUUGUAAUUUGAUGGCAAAAUAGACCUCUCAUCAUUGAAGGAGAGAGAAAACGUGUGUCUGAUUGGUCCCAAGAUUUUUUGAGCUGUGCCAUUCAUGGUACUCUUUGCCUAUGCAUCUCCUUUCUGGAAUUUUUUUCAGUCUUAUUAUUUUUAUCAUUUCUGUAGAGAAGAGGCUUGUGACCAGUACUAAUCUUGAGUACAGUUUUAUCUUUUUCUGUCCACAAGUAAAUUAAUGUCUGCUCUUAAAUAAAUAUCUACUCACACUUUCUUGGGGG